AUGAGUCUGAUUGAAGCUUCGAAGGCAAAUCUACCAAAUUUACGCCAGCUCUUUGUCAAUGCCCGGACAGAAUUAGAAGAGAGUACAUAUUCAAGAACUGCUUUUUAUAACAUUGUCUUGUUCAUGUCGUCAGUAGCAGUAUUCAGUCUUGUUGCUCAGCGGGUCAACAAAGCAGGUAGCUGA